ACACACAAUCCUUUAUUUUCACGAUAACAAACAUAGAAAACAAAAUCCCCUUAAUUAUCUCGGGCUGUCUCUUAGAGAAAACCCUCCUCCUAUUCUAUCUCCCUCUCUCUCUCUAAAAACCUUCAUUUUUAGAGAGAGGAAGUCACAUUUUUUUCACAUCAAGUGUAAAAACAACUGAGUUCUUUUGCUGCUAAAAAACAAAUGGGUGGCAAGAGGUUUGCGGUUUUGUUAUGCGCAGAGGACUCAGAAUACGUGAUAAAGAUGUACGGAGGGUAUUUUGGGGUGUUUGUGAGAAUGUUGGCUGAAGAAGGAGAGGCAUGGGAUGUUUACAGGGUGGCUUCUGGAGAGUUCCCUGAAGAUGACGAGACUGACACCUUUGAUGGAUUUGUGAUCACUGGAAGCUGCAAUGAUGCUCAUGGCAAUGAUGUUUGGAUCUGCAAGCUUUUGAGUCUGUUAAAGAAACUGGAUUCGAAAAAGAAAAAAAUUCUGGGUGUUUGCUUCGGCCACCAGAUACUAUGCCGUGCUCUGGGGGGGAAGACUGGACGCGCCGUCUCUGGGUGGGAUAUAGGGAUAAGAACCAUCAAUUUUUCAGCUCCAUCGAAGCUCUCCUCCUCGGUGAAAAUGCCUGCUGUCCUCUCGGUGAUCGAAUGUCACAGAGACGAGGUCAAGGAACUUCCUGCUAGAGCCGAGGUGAUUGCGUGGUCUGAUAAGACAGGGGUCGAGAUGUUCCGAUGUGGGGACCACAUCAUGGGCAUCCAAGGUCACCCCGAGUACACCAAAGACAUUCUCUUCCACUUGAUCAACCGCCUUCUCCAACGCGAUUUCAUAGUGGACUCCUAUGCUGACAAGAUAAAGGCAAACGUGGAGGGAACCGAACCAGAUAGGGAGGCAUGGAAGAAACUGUGCAUCAACUUUCUCAAGGGUUGACUACGAUUAUAAUUUUUAUUUUCAUUGAGAACAAAUAAAUAGACUGACCUGUAAAUAAUAAAUAUUUUUGGAAGGAACAUUCGAAGAAGUUUAGUUUAAGUUGGUUAGGCAUGGAGUGAGGAAUUUACGGGAAAGCACAGCUUGCAUGCCUGCCUUGGACUAGUUAGUUGUGUCCUCGAGGCAAGCGUGUUAGGCAUUGCUGUGAUUUAUGCCAAACCCGCAAGUUGCGUACUUGGUCAAAUUAGUUAAUGUCAAGGUCGGAAUGACUAACAAUGCAAGCAGGUGGUUUUUUA